AUGAGUUAUACAAACUUGGGUAAGAUCAAAGAACGUGCAAAUAAUCUUGGUUCGAUUAAUACAGACAUUUCUGACUCAAAAACAUCCGAUUAUAAUCGUCGACUGGAUUACGAUCAUCUACUAUACAUUUCCGUCGUCAUGCCACCACGAAAUUCUAUUCUCACUAAUAAUAACAAUAGCAACGGUAACAAUAAUAUUGGACAACAAUCAACAUCUGAAGUUAGCAGUAAUGCUGGUGGCAUUUUGAUAAAUGCUGUUGCCGCACUGGGUUAUAAUAGACCAAGUAGUCAGGUUAGGAGAACUGCAAGUUUUGAUAAAAUUAGCAAGGACUAUUUUUAG